AUGCUUCGUUCACGUUUUCCUACGGCUCAUCACUUUACUGUCUCCGUCUUCGGUUGCCAAUACCACGCUGAGGCGCCAGAUGCUGCCAAAUCUAAGCUCAUCGAAAGCUUUGACAAGCUAAUCGACCAAGAUGCCAUCUUUGUUGAACAUCUGGAACAAAACGACCUCCCAUCGAAGAUUUGGAUGAGCUAUUGGGAGUCGCCUCAAAAGUUUAAACAGUGGUGGGAGAAAGCUGAAACCUCAUCCUUCUGGGCAUCACUCCCGGACGAUGCAGGCUUUUGGAGAGAGACAUUCAGCCUUCCUGCCACUCGAGCCAUGUAUGAGGGUACUGGCAAGGGUCCAUAUGGGUUUGGUCAUUGCGGAAGCUUGUCACCGCUCACCACCAAGACCGGGUACUGGGGAGCUUACCGUUCUCGAAUGACCCCUGACUUUGAAGGUGACACCUUCAGUUCCCCACUACCGACCUACGCGAAUCAGCAACCCGUUUCCGAAAAGAUACGGCCCGGUAGAGUCAAGAUCACCGACUUCCCUGAUAACCUUUGCAUGGUUGUCGAAGGCCAGGUCUACGAUGCCAUGGAGGAACGAGAGCGCGAUUACUGGAAUGAAAACUUCGACGGCCUGACAAAGGAAUGGGUCACCAAAGUUGUCACAGCUGGCCCCGAGCAAGGCAUGGUCAUCGCAAGGGCAUGCCACGGCUUCGGAGUAGAGAAGAAACUCGGAGCGAACUCACAAAGCGGCGUCUUCCCCGGACUUGACUACCUUCGCCAGGCCCAGAUUCUGAUAUGGCAGGAUAUCUCCAAGAUGGAACACAUGGGACGUUACGACAAGACCCACGUAACGCUUCGCCGCAAUUUCAUGAAAGCGUAUGGACCUGGUGGAGAGAUGGAAGGCGGGGAUCUUUUGUUAUGGGUGGAUCUUGGUAUUCUCAAGAAAGAUGAGAUUGAUGCGGAGUAUGUGGGAUGCUAUGAGAACACGGGAUUUUUGAAGCUUGACAAGGGUCAGUUCUUCAACGUUGAAGCGGUGGAGGCUUCGAAGUUGCCGUCGUUUUUCGACAACCCUAUAGAAUCGAAGCCCAUAGAAUGGUAG